UCAUUCUCCCAUGUAGCCUACCUCUCAUGAAGACAGAACGCUGCAUCUUAACCAGACUGUUGAUGAUUUGUUUAAACCACCUUGAAAUAUUGGCAUAUACUGACCGGAUGAGUCACUUCUGAAAGAGACUGUGACCGGGGCUGCCGGCGGACACAGGACAGCUCUUGUUUCCGUCACAUCACAUACAGAGAACUCGCCGCAACACGAGAUCAACAAAACCCGAGAGCUCUUCAUCAUCAUCAUGUCGGUACCGGAGCCGGCGCGCGAGGCAGCAUCAACUCUUCAAUUAUGCAGGAUCAUGGGGCCAAAUGAUGCCAACAUUGUGGGCAACGUUCACGGUGGCAUCAUCCUCAAGAUGAUUGAAGAAGCAGGAUGUAUUGUGAGCACAAGACACUGCAACACACAGAACGGGGACCGCUGUUUGGCAGUUCUGGUUCGUGUGGAGAAGACAGAGUUCCUGUCCCCUGUGUUCAUUGGAGAGGUCACCCAUGUCACUGCUGAGAUCACUUACACCUCUAAGCACUCACUGGAGGUGCAGGUCAAAGUGAUGGCCGAGAACAUCCUCACAGGUGCUCUGAAGCUGGCCAACAAGGCAGCCCUGUGGUACGUCCCCUGCUCUCUACAGAAUGUCGAGAAGAUUCUGGAAGUUCCGCCCAUCAAGUACACUAGUGCAGAGCAAGAAAAGGAGGGCAGAACGCGCUACGAUGCUCAGAAGUUGGAGAGACUGGAGACCAAAGCAAGGAUCGAAGAGGUGGUGCCACUUCUACCUAACCCAGAGGAUCGACCAAAAGAAAAACACACAGUCUGCUUCAGUCAGUCCAGUCUGAUCCAUUUGGUUGGCCCCUCUGACUGCACACUACACGACUAUGUUCAAGGCGGUGUGACCAUGAAGCUGAUGGACGAGGUUGCAGGCAUUGUUGCCGCUCGUCACUGCAAUACCAACAUUGUCACUGCCUCCGUGGAUGCCAUCAACUUCCAUCGCAAGAUCAAGAAAGGCUGUGUGCUGACGGUGACAGGGCGGCUCACGUUUGUGAGCAAUAAAUCGAUGGAAAUCGAAGUGUUUGUGGAUGCAGCUUCAUUGGUAGAGGCAGAGAAAGGAAGGUACCGUGCAGUCUCAGCCUACUUCACCUUCAUCUCUCUGGACAAGUACAACAGACCUCUGCCUGUUACUCCUCUAAAGGUUGACGGAGAGGAGGAGCAGAGACGUGAAGAGGAGGGUAAAGCGCGUUACCUCCAGAGAAAAGCUAAGAGGCUGGCAGAGAAGGAGCGCCAAAUGGCUUCUGCUGCUAACCAAAGUGAAACCCCUGCACCGACAGUAUAACCCAACCUACACAUACAGUAUACAACCCCAUUUAAAAAUACCUUUUUAAGUAAUUGUAGCGUCCAUUCAAACCUUAACCUAUGACAAUAACUUAUUUGAAGAACACACCAAAGUGUCUACAUUUAUCUGAAUAUGUAUGUCAAAGUAAGAGUACGUAUUUUAUUUUUGGGAGAUUUCUAAUAUUGUUUGAAGAAUAACACCGUCAGUGCAAGUGACAUUUCUUUAUUGUUUUAUGAAUAUUUUUAAAUAUGAAGACUUUAUGAUAAGUGUCAAUGCCAAGUGUAAGGUUGAGUGCAAAAAAGUUAUGAAUAAGUGAGUGAAUAUUAAUGAAUAAAAAACAAUUCAAAGUGUGA